AUGACUCGAUACGCAAUUCUGAAGCGUUUGCGCUUUCACGGGCAAGAAAAGGGUGCCAUGCGCGGCUUCUUCAAGAAGAAGGACGCCCUGCUGACGCUUCAUUGGGUGGCUGAUGCCACCAUCGGAAAUAGGGACCCUCGGAUUUGGCAUUCCUUCCGCCUGGCCGUGGAGGUGGUGAUUGGCCACGUUCCACGCCUGAUCGGCGGCGGGAACCCGACUCUGAGAUUGUCGUGCCGGGAGCCCGAAAGUCCAAAUUGGCAGGUCUGUUUGAUGAGACUGACAUGGAACCGAUCCUCGGUGAAGUGGAACCGGUCCCCCGUCCAGUUCCGCAAGGUGGGCACAGUCCGGUUUGAAGGUUGA